GCUCGCGACACAACAGGCAGUUUAAAAAUUCAGAAAAAAUGACCACUCGCUUAAUGUUAUAUUUUUUUACAAUGUGAUGAAAUGCACACUUAUUUGCACUUUUAUAUAUAUUUCGUGGUUUGUGUGUAGGAUGUGUUGGUUCUUCGGGUUUACGUUACAUUUUCUGACUUUUGUUUAUACUUAAAUUUCCCGGAAUUUCAAAAACACAUCAAAAUACAAUCAAAAAACAACGAGUGUCAUGAUCAUUCAACAACAACAACACUUAAGGCAGAAGAGAUACCGUUCGCCUCGAAGCUGUAGAAGUGAUAUGAAAGUUUUGCCUGUUCGUUUUGUUUUGUCAGUAUUUAUAGUUUCUCCAGUGUGAGUUGCGAUGGAUGUAGAAAAAGAAAAGAGGAGUUCAGAAACACUCGGAAACCUCACUUCAUCAAGAGGCUAUCCAAGGGAACCGUGGCACAGUACUCCUGUGAAAAAGAAUCUUUUUGGUAAUGAAGAAACCCCAGAGGUUUCCUCAGCCAAACUGAGAGAUGUAAACAGAACAAGACUGGCCGGCUAUACUCCUCAAAACCUCUCAAAACCUUUGUCCUCUAUCUCAUCACAAGAUUUCCAGACACCAGUUAAUGGAUUCGAGAUCUCCACCAUGCAGAGGCAGAGACUGGAGCUACAACUGUUGAUAGCAGAACUGAAGGAUCGUGACCAGGAGCUCAACGCCAUGGCUGCAGCCCAUCAAAAGCAGCUUCUCUCAUGGGAGCAGGACCGUCAGAGAGUUCUGAUACUGGAACAGAGAUGUGCCAGGCUGGAGGAUGAGCUCCAGAAGCGUAAUGAGAUGAUCAGAGCUCUUAGCAAGACGACGAAGGUGGUGGAAGCGAGAGAGAAGGACGCUUAUCGAGAACUUAACAGCACUCAACAGCAGCUACACGAGCUGAAUCAGACGCAACUGAACACCAGCAGACACCAGCAAGACCUAGAGGAGAAGAACCAGAGUCUGAAUUCGACUGUCAUGAUGUUGUCAUCACAAGUGGGACAGCUGCAGGUUCGAGAGGAGGAACUCGGUACAAUGCUCAGGCUGAAGGACAAAGAUAUGAUUGAGGCAACCAGUCACAUUUUAGAGCUCUCUGGUCGCCUAUGUGAGCUUGAGAAAUCACUGGAUGAUCUGCGAACGCGUGAGAACGAAGCGCAGCGAGAGACAGUCGAGCACAAAAACCGUUUCAGAGAGAGCAGACACGAGAACACACAGCUGAAGGCGGAACUUCGGGAGAAAACCAUGGAGAAUAACAGACAGACAGAAGAACUCAUUCGCUUGAAACAAGAGAACCAGCUGUUGAAGAAAGAUCUCUCUGUCGCCGAGCUUCAGCUUUUGAGUGAGGAUAAAAGCUGGAAGGAUGAAUUACUGGAGUUAUCCCGAUCAAAACAAGCUCGAGGCGAAUCGGAGCUGCUGUGUCUGCGGCAGGUGUGUGAAAACCAGCAGAAUGACCUACAGCUGUUGAAGUUGAACCUGGAGUGUGUCAGGGAGACGCUGCGACAUCAUGAGGGUCAAAGGUCACUUGGGAGGACUGAUUCUGGUUUAGGAGCCAGUCAUGUGAUAGAAUACAGUGAUCAACAGGAAACAGAAAUAGACACAGGGUUGAUAUCCAGCCUCCAGAAUCACAGCACAGGCAGAAAUGUUCCCUCAGAUUUGACCCAACAUCCCCGCGUUGAAGCAGAAACACAGACUGACUUUGUGUGUGACUUUGACCGCACAAAAAACCCUGAAGUCACAGAACAGGCAGCAGUAGGAAAUGGUGUAGAAAACAACGUGUGCGCUAAAGACACCUGUGCAGUGAGCCAGGGUACCAUCUGUGAACAAGAGAUGACAGAGAAGGAAAACCCAGCCAGAGAGAACAGCUGUGAUGAGUCUGGUAACCCAACAGACAUUCAAACUCACCGCGUGUAUUGUGAGCCCGGGGCUGGCCUGGAUUUUGUGGCUGUCAUUGACUAUGAUCCAGACACGGGAACUCCUGUGUGUGUUGUUGACGUGGAUGUCAGUCCAAUAUUCUGCGCUACAGAUCUGAGCCGUCUUAACUUGGAUUGCCCCUCCCCCUUACCUGAAAGUGGGCGUGGUCCCAGUCGUUUACACGAAUCUGCAUUAUGCAUUGAGUUCUAUGGCAACGAGGAGGGCUACAGCUCAUCCACGAGUCGCUUACAGCGUUUGCUGGCCGAGUCUCGGGAAAUGGUGGCAACUUUAGAAAAUUCUUCCGGGAAACCUGUCAGCCAGGCGCAAAGCCCCACAAACACUAAUGCUGUCUGUCAACCCCAAAGUAACCACGACAACGGCAGUCGCCACUCCCAGUCCUCCACCCAUAGUCAAGAGGACAGCAAAAGAAGCCUGGAAAGUGACUCGUAAUUCAAAACAAGUCCACAUUUACAACAAGGAGAUGAGGACUGUAGAGCCACGGGGACCUGUGAAUCAUCACUGCUUCUAAAAAAUAAAUAAAGAAGAGUAUUGAAAAACCAAAAGUAUUUUAACUGGUGAAGUUUUUCACAGUGUUAUUUUUUUAAUGAAUAAUAGCUGAGCAUUCAGAAAGCACUACCUCUCACUGGACGGAUUUAUUUGUGAACUGUUUUCUUCAAGUGUUAAACCAGUCCUACAAGAUGGCAAAAAGCUGGUUGUUUUUGUCGAUCCAGUUUGGCUGUCAUCUAACCUGUCUGGUUGGAAAGGGAACGAAGCGUGAUGUGUGUCUAGUUUAGAUGAUUGUCUUUUACAACUGAAAUCUAGUGAGUCCUGUUCUCACAUUAAAGACUUUCUUUAUCAAACACAAGGAGACCACAGCCAUUUCAAAAGCCACUGAAACUCGCUAUAUUUCCCUAAUCUCAGGACUAUUAAAAGAACAAUAAAAGCG